AUGGAGGCCAACCCCGCCAAACCGGCCUCCCUCACCAUCAAGCGCACCAUGCUGCGCGACAAGCCCACGCCCUACGUCAUCACCGACAAGGCGCCAGCCAAGGGCUCGUCUGACUGGCGGCGCGUGGUGGCGGUGAUUGUGCAGGGCAAGGCGUGGCAGUUCAAGGACUUCCCCUUCAAGGGGGCGGACACGGGCAACCUGGUGGACACGUUCCACAACGUCCUGGGAAUAUACCCGCACUAUGCGGACGAGCGCCCCCCAGACACGGUGCGCUCCUGGAACGUGCGCCUGGUGCCGCUGCAGCGUGAGGGGCGCUUCCUCGACCGCGCGGCGGUGCUGGACGUCUUCAAGGCCCUCGACGCGUUCCUGGCGGCGCGCCGCUGCGAGCUCGAGUACUGA